AACGCAUUUACCAAACUACCCUUUCGGCUUUAUUUUCUGCCUCAAAUUUGCUACGAAACGGCACCGUCAUGCAAGGAAUCGUCUACCCUCGCUCGUCGAGCUUCGGUUUUAUUCUUCUUCUUAGCGACGGAGAAAUAAGCCACGGCGAUGCGGGAAAGCAACCUCAUUUGGAUAUCCAGAGAAGCUGCCGAAGGUGGCAAGUCGCAAAUAUUUACCUAGGAGGUUGCUUGCUCGCGAAGUAAAUCCGGCCAUAGGGCAGAAGCUGUUGGAUACGCAGACGAAGAAGCUUCGAUAAAGGAGAUGCAGCACCGGUGAAUCUCGUCUGCGGCGGAAUUAGGCUUUUGUACAAUUUAGGGGUUGGAUUAUUGUUUCCUUUUUUUCACAAUGGCGGACGCGGUCCCAAUCUACUACAGCAUUAUCGCCUUCGUUUGCACUCUUGGUGCGAUCGCUUUGGCGGUUACUCACAUUUACAGGCACUUACAGAAUUACACCGAACCCACGUACCAGAGAUAUAUAGUUCGCAUCGUCUUUAUGGUCCCGGUUUAUGCAUUGAUGUCUUUCUUGUCUCUCGUCAUGCCAGAGAGUUCUAUAUAUUUUAAUUCGAUACGAGAAGUGUAUGAAGCAUGGGUGAUUUACAACUUUUUAUCACUGUGCCUCGCUUGGGUUGGUGGCCCUGGUUCCGUCGUUUUAAGCUUAACUGGUAGAGUUAUGAAGCCAUCGUGUUGCUUGAUGACAUGUUGCUUCCCUCCCAUACCGCUUGAUGGGCGGUUUAUACGAAGGUGCAAGCAGGGUUGUUUGCAGUUUGUGAUUCUGAAGCCCAUCUUAGUUGCUGUUACUCUGAUACUCUUUGCAAAAGGCAAAUACAAAGAUGGAAACUUCAGUCCCAAUCAAGCAUAUCUGUAUUUCACGAUAAUAUAUACGAUUUCAUACACGAUGGCUCUUUAUGCCUUGGCAUUAUUUUAUGUCGCAUGCAGGCAUCUGCUUCAGCCCUUUAAUCCGGUUCCAAAGUUUAUUAUGAUAAAGUCGGUUGUUUUCUUGACUUACUGGCAGGGUGUUCUGGUUUUUCUCGCUGCAAAAUCUGGAUUUAUUAAGAAUCGGGAUGACGCUGCUCGAUUUCAGGAUUUUAUCAUCUGCGUUGAAAUGCUUAUAGCUGCUGUUGGUCAUUUUUAUGCAUUUCCUUACAAAGAAUAUGCUGGUGCAAAUAUUGGUGGAUCUUGCGGGUUAACUAGAAGCCUUGCUCAUGCCUUAAUGUUGAAUGAUUUCUACCACGAUACUGUCCACCAGUUUGCACCUACUUAUCACGACUAUGUGCUUUACAAUCAUAAUCACGAGGGUGAAGAGGGGGCAAUAAAGUAUCGAGCGCGUACCUUUGUGCCGACUGGUCAAGAAAUGGAUGCUGUGAGAAGAAACAAACACAUGCUAGGAAACAAGUUGGACGAGAUCCAGCUGAGCAGUCAGUCAUCAUCUGGGGGCAGCACCCCCAAGCAUACAUCUUCUUCAGUACCUGCCGAUUCGGAUGCCAUGAAAUCUUCUCUACUUGUUGAUACUUCAAAUUCUUUGUCUGUUCCAUACGACAUGUCACUCAUAGACAUGGACUUGUCCAGCUACCCUGCAAAGGUACCUGCUGCAGAUGAUACAACGGGGACGAGGUGACAAAUACCAUGGAAGCAGCGAAACUAACAGUUUGAAGACUGUCUGACCUCCUCCAGAGGAACAUGAAGUGUGCUUGAGCAAAAGUUGAUGUAUUAUUGUAUGCCAAUAGUUUAUUAAUUGCCAAUCUGGAUGAAUGCUUUGAAAACCAAAGCCAUUGGUUUCAUGUUGUCGACAUCGUGUGUCAGUCAGUCACGCAUUGAUCAUCUUGUAGAUAUAUGGAAUAUCAUUGGAUUCCACAAGCAAUCUAGAGUUUUACAGUUGUACAAUAGUUUUCAAGCUUUGAGGGUCAUCUUAAUUAGUCUCUUUUGUAUCCUGCUUCGGUUACAAAUUUGUAGACUGAUAGUAGGUGGUUUUCUGGAAUUCCAUCAGA